CAUCCUCUUCUUCAUGGAUAUGGCCACCCAGCUGCUCCAUCCAGCUCCAUCCGCAGACCACGUGACCCAGUUCUCCCAUGCCCUUCAGUAGUUCAUUCAGCAUGAUGGCUGCGGAUGUUGCGGAUGCUCUUUGCUGCAUCCUGCAUCCACGCCGGUUCUCUCUCCUCUUUCUCACCGUCACCCUCUCCUCUCUGCCGGCCCCGACAGCAGCUCUGCUCGGCGUCCGUCCAGAAGACACCCAGAGUGGAGAGCUGUCCGUGCAGGAUGGGAUACUGAGGGCGACAGAGGGGACACGCUUCAUGCUGAGGGUAUACUACUCCGCAUCUCCAGCUACGGAGCAUCCCAACAGCCUGAACAUCAGCGGCAGACCUGACGCCGCUCCGUGGAUCGCGUUUAUAGAGGAAUCAGGUGGGGACAGCGGGGACGCGGAGAGGCGGCUCCGGACCAGAGGGAAUCCAUGCGAAGAGGAGAAUGCCCGGAGCUCUGACAUCGAGCUGCUGGGCUCUUUCAGAUCCACCUCAAGUCAGAACUCAGUUUUGGUGGAGCUGCUCGCUAAAGACCUGCGCAGAGGCGAGGUGAUCAAAUACUACUCCAUGUGCGCGUUUGAUGGAGUGAAAUGGGAGCAUUUCAGCACCAAAGACUUCUGGUUGGCGGUGAUGGAGAGACCUCCAGAGGCAGAUGUUUGGCUCCAGGCGGGUGUCUCGGUGCUCUUGUUGGGGCUGUCUGCGCUCUGCAGUGGUCUGAACAUCAGCAUGCUGGCUCUGGACCCAGUGGAGCUGCGGGUCCUGCAGAACAGUGGCACAGAGAAGGAGCAGAAAUACGCACGGAAAAUAGAGUCAGUGCGUAAACAUGGAAACUACAUCCUUUGCACUGUGGUGCUGGGCAACGUGCUUACAAAUACAUGCUUUGUAGUGUGGAUGUGCCAGAUUUUGGGAAUGACUGCUCUCUCAACUGCCUCGUGCACUUUGGGGAUAUUCUUUAUUGGCGAGAUUUUACCUCACUCCGUGGCGUCCAGGCACAGUCUCGCCAUCGCCUCCAAGACCCUCUGCGCGACCCGCCUGCUGAUGCUGGUGUUUUUCCCCAUCGCCUAUCCAGUCUCCAAGAUUCUGGACAUCAUGCUGCACCAAGAGAUCAGCAACUUUUACACCAGGGAGAAGUUGGUGGCCAUGCUGCGCGUCACAGACCCGUACCACGACCUGGUCAAAGAGGAGCUCAACAUCAUCCAGGGAGCCCUGGAGCUGAGGACCAAGACCGUAGAAGACGUGCUGACCCCGCUGUCAGACUGCUACAUGCUGUCCUCGGACGCCGUGCUGGACUUCUGCACUAUGUCAGACGUGAUGCAGAGUGGUUUCACCCGGAUCCCGGUCUACGAGAACGAGAGGUCCAACAUUGUGGACAUCCUGUUUGUCAAAGACUUGGCUUUCGUGGAUCCUGACGAUUGCACUCCUCUGAAAACAAUUACUCAGUUUUACAAGCAUCCCAUGCACUGCGUGUUCAAUGACACCAAGCUGGAUGUGAUGCUGGAGGAAUUUAAGAGAGGUAAGUCCCACCUGGCUGUGGUGCAGAGGGUGAACAGCGAAGGUGAGGGAGACCCCUUCUAUGAAGUGAUGGGCAUCGUCACCCUGGAGGACGUCAUAGAGGAGAUCAUCAAGUCUGAGAUUGUGGAUGAGACAGACCUGUAUACUGAUAAUCGGAACAAAAGGCGAGUAUCCAACCAUGAGAGGAAACAGCAGGAUUUCUCUAUCUUCAAACUGGCAGAAAAUGAGCUGAAGGUGAAGAUCUCGCCCCAGCUUUUGCUCGCAACACACCGCUUCUUGGCUACAGAGGUGGAGCCUUUUAGGCCAUGUCACCUGUCAGAGAAGAUCUUGCUGCGUCUCAUCAAACAUCCCAGCAUUGUGCAGGAACUCAAGUUCAACCCCAAGAACAAACACGCUCCACAACACUACCUCUUCCAGAGAAACAAACCUGUCGACUACUUUGUCCUCAUUCUGCAGGGACGGGUGGAGGUAGAGAUAGGAAAGGAGGGUCUCCGCUUUGAAAAUGGAGCGUUUUCCUAUUAUGGCAUGCCAGCACUCAUCCCGCCCAUGCCUAUUGGUCAGAGGUAUAGUUCCCGGGCCAGUGGUCUGAACCAAUCAGAUUCAUUACUGAGUGGUGGCAGUGUGGGUCAGCUCACUACAGGAGGAGGGGUCUACUUACCAGACUACUCAGUCCGGCAGCUCACAGACCUGCAGAUCAUCAAGAUCACCAGAAACCACUAUCAGAACGCCCUAACAGCCACCAGGAUGGACAGCUCCCCUCAGACACCAGACCCAGUGGGUCCUGAUGCUAAAGGGAGGCCUCCGGUCCCAGAGGCCCGCUCACACAGUAUCGCCCUCCCCCUCACACACACACACACACGACUAGGGCUGGCACGCCUUGCACAUCUCCAUCCCCACGGUGGCCUCAGGAACACAUCCCAUCUCAAUGAAAGAAACCGUAUCGUUCGCAGUAAAUCUGAUGGACAGAGGAGUCCAAACGACACUGUGUUCCUCCGCAUGGAUGAGAUUCCCUACAUCCAUGAGGACCGACCGGAAACUUAUGGAGAGAAUGAUGUGCCUACAGAGUCUCAGCCGUCCACCUCUCCGUUCAUCAGCUCUCUGUCUCUGUCCAGCUCUGACGAGAACAUUGGAAAGAAGCUAUUGCGUAAAUUGAGUAACAAGAGGAGGAAAAAGUCUCGGGAUGGAGAUAAGAAUUUGGAGGAAGGUUCAGAGCAACUACCAGUGACGAGCUAGCACAGUGACACUGAGAAAGAGGGAUGAAGCACACAUCUUCCUCUUUAUCAUUCACUGGUCUUUACUAAACAACCACCCAUUCAUAUACUCCCUCCAUGCUCUGACACAACUCUCACAGGAGACUGAGCCAUCUUAUCUGUUGUAGCCACCGGUAAUACUCAGGUUCCCACUGACACACUCUGUCCCACCUCUGCCAGACUUCAUACCCUUAAAGUGCUGACUACAAGAGGGGCAGAUCUGGAAAAAAAAACUUGAUUAGACAAAUCUAAACAACAUAGUAUUGGAUUUAUCCAGCCUUACACUGGACUGUAUGGAUCUCAGCAGGUUUUCAUCACAUGUUUUGUAGUAAACGGGACAAACCAUGUCCAUGUUACCUUUUUAUGGUAGCUCUAUCCAUAAUGUUAACAUUUAAUCAUGUCAUUUAAGCCAUAAUGUGUUACUGAAACAGCAGCAUAGCUUGUAAUUUAAUUACAGACUCUACCUGAACUUCAUCUGGACUCUAAAAAAUCUCUCAAUAUGGAACCCAACAAGGUCCUUAGAUGAUAUCUUAGCCAGCUUUGACCUUUUACUUGAUCAAACGAUGAAUACAACAGCAUUUAUUAUUUAUUUGUCAUUAUGAGGCAGUUCCCACAUACUGAAAAUGUUGUUUGCACAGGGAACUGUCCUAAUGUUGCCAUAAGGGUGCCACCUACUGCCAACACAACCCAGCACACUAGCCAUCAGCUAAGAAGAAAAAGCCACUGGACAAGAGCACAAUUUUUACACCAGAUUAAAAAGAACACAAUUAUGAAAAAGCCAUAAAUAAAUUCUCAGCUUGAAGGACUACUACUUCUUGUAUACACUGACCUCUCAGCAAGUUUAGAGGUGUAUGCACAAUUUUGAAAAUACCUGUGCUAGAAAUUUUCACAAUUUCUUACCUGAUUUUUAUAUGGAAGUGUCAGAAUUACCAAAAGUAAUUUUAAGAUAGCAAUAUAAGUCAUCUUACAUACUGUACAUGGCUUGAAUUUAUCACCACACUACCACAUACUUGCACACAGUAAAUGCAUCCUUCCUACGUGAAUGCAUGUGUCCUUCAUACAGUCUGUUUGGUAUGUCUCUUCCCAUUAAACAUUCCCUCCUCUCUGUAGAGGUUGUAGAUGUAGCUGUAUGAACACAACUUAAGUGUUUCUGUGAAACAGCCUCACUUAUCCACCUUUUCUCUUGAUGUUACCACCUUUAUAAAAAAUCGUUAGCCUGUUGUUUGAUGCAUUCAGUAGAACACGUAGGAACGAGCAAAUUCAUACCAUUAGCUACCAUAUUAGCCACUUUUCUAUGUACAGUUCAUCUCACUAAAGCUGCAUACGCCAAUUAAAAAUAAGCUAGGGGUUUGGGGGUUUGGAUCUCUGGAUCUAGGGAUCCAAAUGGAUAUUAUGAGUAUUCUUGAGGAAGAGUAGUUGCUACUUGCAUGUUUGUUUAUGUUGCUUUUCCUGCAGAAUUAUCCCCAGUAGAAAGCCCUGUUUUUCCAUAUGCAUGCUUAAGUAAAGGGAUGCAUGAAUAGGAUACCAAUCUACAGUAACUUCUCCCCACAGAGAUGCGGUGUGUGUGACUUACUGAAACCUUAAGCAGCUGUAGAUUUUAAAAUGAACAUCACAUAGAGGAUAACAAAGAAACACAAAACAACAAGGCUGCAAUUUUCAUAUGUAGCGUUUUAACUGUUGCCAUUAAGGCACAAGGGGAUGGGGACUUCAGAAAGAGUCAAAGGUCACUGUAUCUACCGGAGAGGGCGGGGAAGGCCAUUUAAUGCUACUCACUGAAGGAAAAUUUUAAGCCAUUGUUCUAGAAAUCAUAUAUUAGUGCAAUAAUGAAAUGAUUUGAUCCUUUUAAAAAUGUGAGUGGUAGCUGCAGCUCAGGUUGGACAAAGCUGAUCUGCAUUGUGAAAUCCUGGCAGGUACACUGCUUAACAGAACAGAGAGCGAAAGAUAUGAAAGAGGAAAUCAAUAUGACACACGCUGACGUCAAGCCACCACCUCCCUUCAAACACACACACACACACACACACACACACACACACACACACACACACAGGUGGUGUUUGGGAACGCUCAGUGAUAUAAUUUAUUCUGCCUGGUAAGGCUAUGGAAGUACAAAGGAUACUGCACUGUUAAACUAUUCACAUUGACCCCUCUGUAUACACAGAACAUGCAACGGGAAGUCCUUUGAUCUGACAACUGACUCUGAGCAAGAGGAUUUGUGCGAAUCAGAAACUCUCAGCUGAAUGCUUUGAGAGAUUUUGCAGUUGGUUAACACUGAUUUAUAUUUGUACGGGUCGAUACACUGUUUGUUUGGGAUAAAAAGGCUAAGUUACAUUUUGUAAUGUAAAAUUCAGAUGAUUAUAUAUGUUACCCAAAUAUAUCAAGAGACAAGACUAUAUGAUAUACACAAGGGAUAGUUAAUAAAGUGACUGAACUACUA